AUGGGUGAAUCUGUAACCGAACCCUCGCGAGAGCGAGCUUUCACUCUCCUUGCGAAUCAGGAGCUGGUAGUCGUAGACAAGGACAAUUUUCCUCUGCCCCAGGCGACAGACUCAUCCAAUCACUUGGUCCACCAGAGGCGCAGAAAAGAACCCACCGGCCGCCAUGGAGGCACCGGGGGCGGGCGCAGAAACCGGAGCACAGACGACCGGGGCCGGGGCCGGGAACUGCCAGAGAGCACAAUUAGCAAAUGCGUCAAACAGGAAACACGAGAGAACAAACGCACUGACUGGCAGGCCUGGUGCAGCCCCGCGCAACGGGUGCACUUCCACCUGCCGGAGAGUAGCCCGAGCAGUAGAGGCGCCGACCGCGCGCGCCACGACGAGAGGAAGUCUUCUG